CCAUUGGCCGCAGUGGCGCGAGGCGGGCCCCGGUUAUUGUCCCGACCGGCGGCGGCGAUCGGAGCUGCGAGAGCGGCUGCGGCGGCGCGGGGCGGCAGCGGGUGGUCGCGCGGCCCAGCGAAGGCAGAGGCGGCCGAGACCAUGGCUGGAGGCAAAGCUGGAAAGGAUAGUGGGAAGGCCAAGGCCAAGGCAGUGUCUCGCUCACAAAGAGCUGGACUACAGUUUCCUGUGGGCCGCAUCCACAGACACUUGAAGACUCGUACCACAAGCCAUGGACGGGUGGGUGCCACUGCUGCCGUAUAUAGUGCUGCGAUUCUGGAGUACCUCACUGCUGAGGUGCUGGAGCUGGCAGGUAAUGCUUCCAAGGAUCUCAAAGUAAAGCGUAUUACUCCACGUCACUUGCAGCUUGCAAUCCGUGGUGAUGAAGAAUUGGAUUCUCUUAUCAAGGCUACCAUAGCUGGGGGUGGUGUGAUCCCUCAUAUCCACAAAUCUCUGAUUGGAAAGAAGGGACAGCAGAAAACUGCUUAGAGGGUUGUUUUAACCAAUCCUCUUCCUCCCCGUCAUUGUACUGUAACUGGGACAGAAGAUAACAGUGGGGAUAUGUGGAAUUUUUAAAAACAGUUAAAUGGAAAGGCAUAGACAAUUACUGUAGACAUGCUAAAAGAAACAUUUGUAUGUUCUUAGACUCAAAGUUUGAUAAAGUACCUUUUCAUGUGGUGACAGUGUGUGUUGAUUGGCUAGGUUUCUCCCAUAUGUUUUAUACAAAAAUGGAAUUGAUAAACCAUUUUUUACAAAAUUAUUGUCUCAAAAUUGUUCUGUUCAUGAUGUAUUGAAAAUAUUUUGCUCAGCUUUUGAAAUUUUUUUAAAUCAUAAUCAUUAUUCAGAAUAGUCUUAAAGUAGAAAUUGGGAAUAUAGCUUUAUCAUGUUUGAUAUUCCAUGUUAUAUUGAAUGUUAGACGCUAUCAAUUUGUUAUAAUGCUCCAUUAUCUUAUUAUAUACCACUAAGAAAGGAAAACUCCUUGAAUUAAUGCCAUCAAUUAUAGGAUACAUCUCAAUUUCAGAGAUGUUAGAAUAUGGAAAAAUAUGCAUUUUAUACCGAAAUGGGGUAGUAGAUUUACUGGAAUCCUUUAUUGAGUACUUACCACGUGCCAGGCCCUGUGGUCAGUGCUUUACUAAUCAAGAAAUCUUAUCCUCACAUUAUAGACAUGGUUCCUGAGGUUCACAGAAAUUAAA